AUGAACGGUGGGAUCUUCAUGUGUGUGCUCCUGGUGACCCUGUCGGCAUCGUGCUGGCAGCGGGCGUGCGGUUCAUCCCUACGGGAGGGCUCAGUGCCCGCGCUCCUGCGCCAUGCCCGCUCUGUCGCGCCCGCCAUGCCCGCCACAGAUGGCAAAGGCAGCGCCACCAACCUCGGCGAGCUGCUCACCAAACUCACGUCCAGGAGAGCCUCUCUUCGGAAGAACUCCACGUUGAAAUCGAGAGCGAGCGCCAUACGGGCCAAUCACCAGCUGAAGGACAGAGACUACCUUGGCUGGAUGGACUUCGGCCGCCGGAGCGCGGGAGAGUACGAGUACUCCUCAUGAAAGACUUUGGGGGGAAAAAAAAAACACCCCAGUCCAAGAACAUCCGACAAACCUCUGAGAUCUCAGCCCCUUCACUACAGACAGUCACGGCACAGGCCGUGUUAAUUGGCCAAUCACGGCAGAUUUACUGAUCUCUGUUAUCUUUAUGUGUUUGAUGCAUAUUUGUAUUGGAGAGCAGCAUAUAGAAACUGGUGCUGUUUUCAUUUGUGGUCAAAUUCUUUGUAUUGAUGAUACCUAUAUUGUUAAUAGUUAUGAUACUGAGAUACGAUUAAUUAUUAUGAUGCCGAUAAACAAUUACUGUAUCACAUAGUUUAAGCUGAGAACAAUAAGAAAGAGUUUAUACAGGAAAAUAUGAUCCUCACACCAACACACACACACACACACACACACACACACACAUACACACACAC